GCCCCUUGCCCACAGUGUGGGCCAAGUUGGGCCUGUCUCUGGCCGCUGACACCUGCCUCAGCAGCACCAUGGUCAUGGCGUCUAUCACUUCAGCCUUGCCAGGACCACUCUCUCUACCCAGUCCACCCAGCAACAGCAGCCAAAAGGAGCCGCUGGGCCCCCGCAACCCGGUGCUGGUUCGCGCAGAACUGGCCCUGCUCUCCACCGUCUUCGUGGCCGUGGCCCUGAGCAAUGGCCUAGUGCUGGGGGCCCUCGCCCGGCGAGGCCGGCGUGGCCGUUGGGCACCCAUGCACGUCUUCAUCGGCCACUUGUGCCUGGCCGACCUGGCCGUGGCGCUGUUCCAAGUGUUGCCACAGCUGGCCUGGGACGCUACCGACCGCUUCUAUGGGCCGGAUGCCUUAUGUCGGGCGGUCAAGUACCUGCAGAUGGUAGGCAUGUACGCUUCCUCCUACAUGAUCCUGGCCAUGACGCUUGACCGCCAUCGGGCCAUCUGCCGCCCCAUGCUGGCGUAUCGCCAUGGAGGUGGGGCUCACUGGAACCGGCCCGUGCUGCUGGCUUGGGCUUUCUCGCUCCUUCUCAGCCUGCCCCAGCUCUUCAUCUUCGCCCAGCGAGACGUGGGUGAUGGCAGUGGGGUCUUCGACUGUUGGGCCCAGUUCGUGGAGCCCUGGGGCCUGCGUGCUUAUGUCACCUGGAUCGCCUUGAUGGUGUUUGUGGCACCUGCCCUGGGUAUCGCUGCCUGCCAGGUGCUCAUCUUUCGGGAGAUUCAUGCCAGCCUGGUACCAAGAUCAUCGGAGAGGGCUGGGGGGCGGCGUGUAGGGUGCCGCACAGGUGACCCCCACGAGGGAGCCCGUGUGUCGGCAGCCAUGGCCAAGACUGUGCGGAUGACGCUCGUGAUCGUCGUGGUCUACGUGCUGUGCUGGGCACCUUUCUUCCUGGUGCAGCUGUGGUCAGUGUGGGACACCGAGGCGCCUCGGGAAGGGCCCCCGUUCGUGCUGCUUAUGCUGCUGGCCAGCCUCAACAGCUGCACCAACCCCUGGAUCUACGCCUCCUUCAGCAGCAGUGUGUCCUCGGAGCUACGCAACUGGCUCUGCUGUGCUCGGAGGCGGGCUUCUCCCAGCCUGGGGCCCCAAGACGAGUCCUGUGCCACGGCCAGCUCCUCACUGGCCAAGGACACUGCUUCCUGAGAGCUCUGCGGCCUGCCCGGGCCAGCCCUUGAGAGCCACCAGCAGAGAAGGGCCUGCACUGAUGG